AUGGACUUCAGUGAUUUAUAUAACUCUGAUGUCAGAGUGAAGAAGGAACCUAAUGAUGUUUCCCCAAUUGAAAAUGAAGAUUAUAUGAAAAUUGACAAUGCACGUAAUGCUAAAACCGACGAAUUCUCGAGUUUUUGUCGAGAAAAUUUAAUUUAUGGGCUGCGUAAAAAUGAUGAAAAUUCCGGACCUAAUAACGAUUUGGAAAUAGAAUUCGAAUGUAAGGACGAGAAGCUCAGCAUUGACUUAUUAGUAGUCAAGAAAACCGAGGACGAUUAUCCAGAUCAAUGGCAGCAUAUGAAAAAUAGUUGCGAUUAUCAGACUCAAAAGAAAAUUAAAGAAGAAAUUGUCGACGAAGUAAAAGAGGAAUUGAAUUUGGAUGGUGAACUCAGUGAUGCAUUUGAUGGAAAUGGAAAAACAUUUGCUCAAAAUAGUCAACGCAAAACCCAAACUGAUAAGGCACGCAAUCGUACCAAAUAUCCAUGUAAUAUAUGCAGUAAAAAAUUUGCACUAAAAGAUUAUCUCAAGGUCCACAUCGAUUCAAUUCACAUCGAUGCGAUGCAUAAUGACAUGGCCCCUACUUGUGAAAUAUGCGGAAAGAAAUUUCCAACGAAGGAUAAACUCAAGAUCCAUAUCGAUGGAGUACAUAAUGGUGUUAAACAUGCGUGUGGUACAUGUGAAAAGAUAUUCACACAAAAAUGGUAUCUCAAAAUUCACAUCGAUGCGAUGCAUAAUGGUAUGGCACUUACUUGCGAAGUAUGCGGAAAGAAAUUCGCAUUCAAGAGUGGUCUCAAACUCCACAUGGAUGCAGUGCAUAAUAAGAUAACUCACGCAUGUGAUACAUGUGGCAAAAUAUUUACGAUGAAAGAUACUCUCAAGAAACACAUCAAUGCGACACAUAAAGGUAUGGCACCUACUUGCGAAGUGUGCGGAAAGAAAUUCGUAUUGAAGUGUGGUCUCAAACUCCACAUGGAUGCAGUGCAUAAUAAGAUAACUCACGCAUGUGAUACAUGUGGCAAAAUAUUUACGAUGAAAGAUACUCUCAAGAAACACAUCAAUGCGACACAUAAAGGUAUGGCACCUACUUGCGAAGUGUGCAGAAAGAAAUUCGCAUUCAAGAGUGGUCUCAAACUCCACAUGGAUACAGUGCAUAAUAAGAUAACUUACGCAUACACGUCCAAAGUGUGCAUGAAGGCAAUACCCAAGCACGAGAUCAAUACAAAUGAUCUUUAA